AUGCGUCGAAACCCACCAAAACCACCAGCAGCCCCGCCGCAUCCCAGAAAACUGCCCAUCAUCGGAAACCUCCACCAGCUCGCCGGCAGCUCCCUCCCGCACCGCCGGUUCCGCGACCUCACCAACCAAUACGGCGCCGUAAUGGGCCUACAGCUGGGCCAAAUCCCCUUCGUCGUCAUCUCCUCCGCGGAAUCCGCAGAACAAAUCCUCAAGACGCACGACGUCGUUUUCGCCAACCGACCCUUCAGCCUCGCCGCCCAGAUCUUAACCUAUGAUUUCACCGACAUCAUCUUCUCCCCCUACGGCGCCUACUGGCGCCAGCUCCGCAAGAUCUGCGCCCUCGAGCUCCUCAACCCGAACCGGGUCCAAUCCUUCGGUUCGAUCCGGUCCGAAGAGAUAUCCAAUUCCAUGGGCGGAGUCUCUGUUUCGGCUGGGCAGGAAUUCAAUUUCAGCCAGAUGGUGUUCUCCCUCACCGCCGGCAUCGUUUCCCGGGUCGCUUUCGGGAAGAAGUACAGAGGGCACGACGAAUUCGUCCCCGUGAUGGAGGAAAUGGCGCGGAUUUCAGGUGGGUUUAGCCUGGCGGACUUGUUUCCGUCGGUGAAAUUGCUUCAGGUAACGAGUGGGAUGAGGUCCCAGCUUCUCAGGUUGAGAAAUGAAGCUGAUCGGAUGAUGGACGGCAUAAUCUCCGACCACCGUGAGAGGCAGAGGACUGAGGGUUCCGACGAGGUGGAUGAUUUGGUCGAUGUGCUUUUGAAGCUUCAGGCUGGUGGCGGGCUCGAGGUUCCUCUUUCAGAUGACAACAUCAAAGCAGUCAUUCUAGUAAAUGGAAAUUGCAUUCUCCUCUGCUUUUCUUUUCUCAAUAUCUCUCAUACAACUGAAGAAAUGAUUAAGAAUCCAAGAAUCCUACAACAGGCACAAAUCGAAGUGAGACGCGUUUUUAAAUUGAAAGGAGAUGUUGACGUUACACAGCUUCAUGAGUUGUAUUAUCUCCAAUCAGUUAUCAAAGAGACGCUAAGACUACAUCCUCCGGGACCACUACUGAUUCCUAGGGAAUGUGGUGAGGAUUGUGAGAUCAAUGGGUUUCAAGUAAAGGCAAAAGAGAAGGUGAUUGUGAACAUUUGGGCAAUCUCUAGGGAUCCAAAAUACUGGAAUGAUCCGGAGGAAUUUCGUCCAGAAAAGUUCAUUAAUAAUCCAAUUGAUUUUAAAGGAUCGAACUUCGAGUUCCUAACGUUUGGUUCUGGGAGAAGGAUAUGUCCGGGGGUCGCGUUUUCAAUGGCGAAUAUUGAACUCUCAUUGGCCAAAUUUCUGUACCAUUUUGAUUGGGAACUUCCGAGUGAUGUCAAGAUUGAGAAUUUGGACAUGACUGAAUUAUAUGGAUUUGCGGUAAGGAAGAAACAUAACCUUAAAGUGAUUCCAAUUCCCUACACCAAGCAUUAG